UUUUCCUAUUAUAAUAGAAAAAUUGAACGAUACAAAUUAUUUACAAAUUAUAAUCUACGAAAUAAUCGCACAUGAAAAAGAAACCGUAGAAAAAACUAAUGACAAUUUCCAUCUGGAGAGUUUAUCGAUGGUUCUUUCCCAUGAAAUUAUGCGAAUACUGAAUAAUUUAGUGAUCAAUUCUUCCGACAUCAUAGAACAAUUUUCGCUCCCACAUUAAAUACAUGCAUUUUCCUUUGAUGUUAUUUGCCUAAUAACGCAUGAUGCUAAAAGAAAAAAAAUAAAAAAUGUAAAAAUCAGACGAACUUCAGAGGGAAAUAAUUAUAAGUAAUACAACUGGCUCGCAGUCAGUUCUAUUGAAACUUUCGAAGCAAAUGGAACAUCCUGAAGAGCAUUACUACAAAUUUAUCCGAUUUCUUCUAUCGGUUAGUGGACUGUGGCCUUAUCAAAGCGAGUGGAGCGCUCAUUUAACAAGAGUUGUUAUCUCUGUUGUCAUGCUGUCGUCUGUAUUUGUUCAGAUUUCGAGCAUGUUUACAUCUGAAAUUACUCUGGAUUUUAUAGUGGAUGGGAUACCAUCUCUUCUAUUUGUACUAGGUAGCCUGAGCAAUUUGUAUUCACGUAUAAUACAUAUAGACAAAUUUAGAGAAUUAUUCGAGCGUAUGUGGCAAGAUUGGGCGUUACAAAAGACACAUUAUGAGAUCAAGAUUAUGCAUGAGCAUGCUGAGAUCUCAAGAUUAUUCACAUUAUAUUACAUAAGUAAGAGAAAUCCUCGUUUUGUUUAUAGAAAAAAAGGACAAGCAUUGCUGUCUAUAACACCGAGAUUGUAUUUCUAUAUAUAAUAUUAUGAUAAUAAUUUUUUUCUUUAUAAGCAUCAAACAUAUUUAUAUAUAACUGUAGGGAGGAUGGUACAAUCGGAAUCAGUAAUAAAUAACUCUUCAUUGAUACAUAACUGAGUUUAUUAUAAUAAAAUAUUAUAAAGGUUAAUGAUUCGCUCCUAUUUGAGAGUCAGUAUAAAACUGUUCACACACACGGCGUGAGCAUUAUCUAUGGGAGGCACGUUGCCAACCUGCUCACGCCGCUCCACCGAAUUGGGAAAAAUCCCUAUCUCGAGGGCGCGUGCUGUCAAUAUUUACGUCGAAUAUUAAAUAUGAACGGCAGUAAUACAAUAUCCCCACAACUCGGCCAUCCUGAACAAAAAUGGUUACAGUAGACCAUAGUUUUAUGUAUUCGGUACUUCUCAUUGGACCUUCGCCAGGCACCUCACACUUCACGUCGUAAGAAUUAUUAGGUUUGACUUUUACACUUUUAUGAGGACCUAAUCGUCCUCAGCGCAAAGUUUCUUACUGGAGCCCAUUUG